AUGGCGUCUCCACCAGCGCCGACAGAAUUUCCUCACAAUUCCCUGUCCCUCACAAUACCUUCUAGCCCAUUGCCACUACCUCCAACCACGGCAUCGCACACACGUCGAGCUUCCGAAGUCAUAUCGAUAAAACGUCGGAAAGCAAGUAUGCUAUCUACUACCUCAACGCAGUCUGCGCAUCCUUUGCGCCAAACUUCAUUCCCUCCCGAAUCCGCUGUUUACACACCUGGCUAUGAACGAUCACCAAGUGUUGAUACUAUGUCUCUUGUCAGUGGAAGUGUCGCAGGUGGCCAAUCAAAAAGAAAACGCGCAAAGAAGUCGAAGGGUGGAAAGAGUGAUUUUGAGGGAUCCAAUGUAGGCGUGGGAAAAUCCGAUGGACCUGCCUCGAAGAAACGACGAACAUCCAACGGCAAUAUCGAAGAAGAGGAAGAAGAUGACAAUAAUGUGGAUCAAACAAUGACAUCGAUGACUUCUAGUAUAGAAGAAAAGCAAAGGGACAUUCAACGAAGGGCUUUAUUGGCAAAUCAUUUGGAUCCAGAACAAUUCGAGCGUUAUACCGCCAUGCGAGCCGUAAAGUUUCCUGAUGCUACUGUUAGGAGAAUUGUCAAUCAGACUUUGUCGCAAAGUGUACCGGGCACUGUCAUUCUAGCGGUUAAGAGUGUAGCUAAACAGUUUGUUGGAGAGUUGGUUGAGAAUGCAAGAAAGGUACAGGACCAAUGGAUCGAAGCUGGAGAGCCAAAUUCUGGAUUGAUCGUGCCCCCAGCAGAGAACACCACUACGGAGAAUGGGGAAGCUAAUGCCAACCAAACAAACGCACCCAAGGAAACGAGAAGAGCACCUUUGCAACCGGAUCAUUUGAGGGAGGCAUUGAGAAGGCUGAGGGAGGGCAAUGAAGAUGGAUUGGCUGGACAGCUGAAUCUAUGGCAAUUGCAACAGCACAGUGGGGUAGAGAGAUUUGGUACUAGAGUCAGAGGGAAAAGGCUAUUCAAAUAA